AUGGAUGACGAUAUUCGUUUCUUUGAGCUGAACACCGGAGCUAAGAUCCCUUCCGUAGGGUUAGGGACCUGGCAGUCAAGCCCUGGCCUCGUCGGCGACGCCGUCGACGCCGCCAUCAAGGCAGGAUAUCGGCAUAUUGAUUGUGCUCAACUCUAUGCCAAUGAGAAGGAGAUUGGUUCUGUUCUGAAGAAGCUAUUUGAAGAUGGUGUGGUGAAGCGUGAGGAUUUGUGGAUUACUUCCAAACUCUGGUGUACUGAUCAUGCACCAGAAGAUGUACCAGAGGCAUUGGACAGGACUUUGAGAGACUUGCAGCUCGAUUAUGUUGACUUGUAUCUUAUACACUGGCCAGCCCGGAUGAAGAAGGGGUCAGUAGGUUUUAAGCAUGAAAACCUUAUUGACCCAGAUAUCCCUGCAACUUGGAGAGCAAUGGAAUCACUCUAUGAUUCGGGCAAGGCUCGAGCUAUUGGUGUGAGCAAUUUCUCUACAAAGAAGCUGUCAGAUUUGCUGGAUAUUGCACGUGUUCCUCCUGCUGUUGACCAAGUGGAGUGUCAUCCUUCAUGGCAGCAGGCCAAGCUGCGUUCUUUCUGUAAAUCCAAGGGAGUUCACCUUUCUGGAUACUCACCACUGGGUUCUCCUGGAACAACAUGGAUUAAAAGCGAAGUCCUUAAGAAUCCAAUUCUUCUCACUGUUGCAGAGAAAUUAGGCAAAACUCCUGCACAAGUUGCUCUUCGAUGGGGACUGCAAAUGGGUCAUAGUGUUCUUCCUAAGAGUACUAAUGAAGCAAGGAUCAAGGAGAACCUUGAUGUCUUUGGCUGGUCUAUCCCAGAGGACUUGUUUCCCAAGUUUUCUGAAAUUGAGCAGGCAAGGCUGAUCAGAGGGGGCUCGUAUGUUCAUGAUACUUUUGGUCCCUACAGGAGCAUAGAGGAGUUCUGGGAUGGUGAAAUCUAG